AUUUUGGAAAGUUGGAAGUGGUAAAGUUGGACUACUUGGAAGUCGGACUUUGUGCUGGAGUUGGAGUUUGGAACUAAACAUUUGAUAAUGGCGGCACUUAAAGAUGUGGUCAGUAAAGCACAAGUAUUGAAACAAGAAUGGAGUAAAACACCUUGCAAUCUGAUUAAAUGUGGAGAACUUUUGAAUCAGCUUAAAAUUGCCCUUACAAACUUAACAUUUUUGCCGACAAAGGAUACCGCUUCUGAGAAAGAAUUAAUAAUAGCUCGCGAUGUUCUUGAAAUUGGAGCUCAAUGGAGCAUCGCUAGCGAAGACAUCCCUUCGUUCGAACGUUAUAUGGCACAACUCAAAUGUUAUUACUUUGAUUAUAAAUCUAGUUUACCAGAAUCUGCGUACAAGUAUCAGCUCCUAGGACUCAAUCUGCUCUUUUUACUAUCUCAAAAUAGAGUAGCAGAAUUUCACACCGAAUUAGAACUUCUCCCCGUAGAUUGUAUUCAGUCAAAUAUUUAUAUACGACAUCCAUUGAGUUUGGAACAAUGCUUAAUGGAAGGAUCUUAUAAUAAAAUUUUUCUCGCUAAAGGAAACGUACCUGCGGCAUCUUAUAACUUUUUCAUCGAUAUUCUAUUAAAUACCGUUAGAGACGAAAUUGGAGCGUGCAUGGAAAGUGCCUUUGAUAAAAUUUCGAUCAAGGACGCUGCCCGAAUGUUAAAUUUAAGUACAGAGAAGGAGACGAUGCAGUUUUGUAAUAAAAAAAAAUGGACUGUCGCUAAAGACGGAUACUUCCACUUUGGGGCACCUAGCGAAAAGAAAGUCGAGGAGCCGAUACCUAGUACAGAAUUGGUAACCCUCGCAAUUGAUUACGCAAGAGAAUUAGAAAUGAUUGUAUAAAACAAAAAUAUUUUAUAAUUUAAAUUUUUUAUUUAACAUAAUAUAUAUAAAAUUUAAAUACAUCCAUUUUGUAAAAAUUUGUCAUAUUGACAAUGAUCGCUUUACAAUAAACUAUUAAGAUUGA